ACCACACUAUCACACUACGUCAUAAAAAGCAUUAGAUUAGGGCGACGAAUUAGAAAAUACUUUGACACUUUCUAUAAUUUAUAAUUAUUAUUCGAUUUUUCACGUUGUUGCUAUUAAAUACACAAAAAUUUGUGUCUGUUUUAAGUUUUAAGCUUUGUUGAUAUAAAACUUUUAUCAAGAUGUACCCCGUUGGUCAAGCUCCAGCGGGGGACACGAAUGCUGGUGCAGUGAGUGUAGCGGGGGCAGUGACCGCGGCUGCGAGCACGACUGGUGCUGCGCCCGGAGUCCCCAGCACUGCCCCCGCCACCGGAGCAACCGCUCCUGGUGCUGCUGGGGGUGCUGGCGCCAUGAGCCUCGUGUCACCUGCUGCACCGCUAGCGGAUUUACCAACACUCACAUGCCCGCGCCGCCCCAACCUCGGCCAUGAAGGAAGACCCAUAAUGCUGCGAGCUAAUCAUUUCCAAAUAUCAAUGCCAAGAGGAUUUGUUCAUCAUUAUGAUGUAAACAUACAGCCAGAUAAAUGUCCUAGAAAGGUGAAUAGAGAAAUUGUUGAAACCAUGGUUCAUUGUUACAAUAAAAUAUUUGGCGCACUAAAACCUGUAUUUGAUGGUAGAAAUAAUUUGUAUACAAGAGAUCCUUUACCGAUUGGUAAUGAUAAGGUUGAAUUGGAGGUUAUAUUACCUGGAGAGGGUAAGGACCGAGUGUUUCGUGUCAGCAUCAAAUGGGUUGCACAGGUCUCAUUGUUUGCUUUAGAAGAGGCUCUUGAAGGUAGAACCAGGCAGAUACCAUAUGAUGCCAUCUUAGCUUUAGAUGUUGUGAUGAGGCAUCUUCCUUCCAUGAUGUACACCCCUGUGGGACGUUCAUUUUUCUCUUCACCUGAAGGGUACUACCACCCCCUUGGUGGUGGCAGAGAAGUUUGGUUUGGUUUCCACCAAUCUGUAAGACCCAGCCAAUGGAAAAUGAUGCUUAAUAUUGAUGUUUCUGCAACUGCCUUUUAUAAAGCGCAGCCAGUCAUAGAGUUUAUGUGUGAAGUCCUUGACAUACGAGACAUUAAUGAUCAAAGAAAGCCACUGACGGACUCACAGAGAGUUAAAUUUACAAAAGAAAUCAAAGGUCUCAAAAUUGAAAUCACUCACUGUGGCACCAUGAAGAGGAAAUACAGAGUAUGUAAUGUGACCCGACGCCCCUCACAGAUGCAAUCGUUUCCUCUUCAGUUAGAAAAUGGACAAACAGUAGAAUGUACUGUAGCAAAAUAUUUCUUGGAUAAGUAUAAGAUGAAGUUGAGGUAUCCUCAUCUGCCGUGUCUACAAGUAGGUCAAGAGCAUAAACAUACAUACCUACCACUGGAGGUCUGCAAUAUAGUGCCUGGACAGAGAUGUAUUAAAAAGCUAACUGACAUGCAAACAUCUACUAUGAUCAAAGCUACAGCGCGCUCCGCUCCCGACAGGGAAAGAGAAAUCAAUAAUCUGGUGCGACGGGCGAAUUUCAACACUGACUUGUAUGUGAAGGAAUUUGGUUUGACGAUCUCAAACAAUAUGAUGGAGGUUCGCGGCCGAGUAUUGCCACCACCCAAGCUACAGUAUGGCGGCCGCGUUUCCUCGCUAGGCGGGCAGCAAGCUUUACCAAAUCAAGGAGUAUGGGACAUGAGAGGCAAACAGUUCUUUAUGGGUGUUGAGAUACGGGUGUGGGCAAUUGCUUGCUUUGCACCACAGAGAACUGUUAGAGAAGACGCUUUGAAGAACUUCACACAGCAGCUACAGAAGAUAUCGAAUGACGCCGGAAUGCCGAUCAUUGGGCAGCCAUGCUUCUGCAAGUACGCGACGGGGCCUGACCAAGUGGAGCCCAUGUUCAAGUACCUCAAGAGCACAUUCGUACAGUUGCAGCUUGUCGUUGUUGUAUUGCCAGGGAAGACACCUGUCUAUGCUGAAGUGAAACGUGUGGGAGAUACCGUACUAGGAAUGGCGACACAGUGUGUUCAAGCAAAGAACGUGAACAAAACUUCGCCACAGACCCUGAGCAAUUUGUGCUUGAAGAUAAACGUCAAACUUGGCGGCAUUAACUCUAUCCUGGUGCCAUCACUUCGUCCUAAGGUGUUCAACGAGCCGGUGAUAUUCCUGGGCGUGGACGUGACGCACCCGCCGGCGGGCGACAACAAGAAGCCGUCCAUCGCCGCCGUGGUCGGCUCCAUGGACGCGCACCCCUCGCGGUACGCCGCCACCGUGCGCGUGCAACAACACAGCGAGGGCAAGUGUGCAAGUUGCACCGACUCACCGUUAGGGUUCUAUAAACAAGAGAUAGUGCACGAGAUGAGCAGCAUGGUGCAGGAGCUACUCAUCAUGUUCUACAAGAGCACCGGCGGGUUCAAGCCGCAUCGUAUCAUUAUGUACCGGGACGGCAUCUCCGAGGGACAGUUCCUACAUGUCUUGCAACACGAACUCACUGCUGUCCGAGAAGCUUGUAUCAAGUUGGAGGCGGAGUAUAAGCCGGGAAUCACGUUUAUUGUGGUGCAAAAGCGGCAUCACACGCGACUAUUCUGUGCUGACAAAAAGGAGCAGUCGGGAAAGUCUGGAAAUAUCCCCGCAGGCACUACUGUCGACCUCGGCAUCACGCAUCCGACCGAGUUCGAUUUCUAUCUAUGCAGUCAUCAAGGAAUUCAAGGCACGUCGCGUCCGUCGCACUACCACGUGCUGUGGGACGACAACCACUUCGGGUCGGACGAGCUGCAGUGCCUGACGUACCAGCUGUGCCACACGUACGUGCGCUGCACGCGCUCCGUGUCCAUCCCGGCGCCCGCGUACUACGCGCACCUGGUGGCGUUCCGCGCGCGCUACCACCUGGUGGAGAAGGAGCACGACUCGGGCGAGGGCAGCCACCAGUCGGCCUGCAGCGAGGACCGCACGCCCAUCGCCAUGGCGCGCGCCAUCACCGUGCACGCCGUCACCAAGAAGGUCAUGUACUUCGCCUAACCGCACGCCGCGCCUUCGAGGUAAUGUUAGUCGAGCGUGCGAAAUUUCUGGGGCUUCUCUAUACUUUAAAAUAUUAUCUCCGCACGAAGAUCUCGUAUGUUAACGCGUCCGAUUGUCGUUGUCAUUCCCUUCUCCGGUUCGUGCAGCAAUUUCCCGAAGCUGGGAGUGACCCUGUGAGGUCUUCAUGUUUUGAGAUAGGACUCCGCCUAUUUUCUGGUUUGUUCUUGUAUAUACCUAACGCCAACCGUUUCUAUCAGGUUCUGACGGCCCCACUCGCGUUUCAUAUAGUCUAAUUUUAUAAAUGUUGUUUAGCUUUUAUGAAGAUAGCUGUCCCAACAUAAAAGACGUUUCAAUCCUGAGAAGUUUUGAUAGUGAUGGAACAAUCGAAAUAAAUCGUUGACAAUUAUUUGAUGUAUAAGUAUAAUAAUAAUCGGAGGAGAGCAAUAAAUAUUACCUCAUGCGUGUAAAGCGUAGUGUUUCCUAUUUGGCCAUCCGUUGACUGGGCUAUUUACUAUCUUCUAAGAAGCAUUUGUAGAAUUCAACUUAAGCUUUUUAAAUAAAACAAAGAAGUGCGAUUAAUUUAAUAAGUGGAUAUUUUAUCGUCAUUUGAAACUAGAAAAAGAAAAUGUUAGUGACAGACAGACAUUCAAAUAAAUAUAUUUUAUGAAAUUUAUAAAUAAGUCUACAGUAAAAUACAUACAAAAAAAAGAUUUUCUCGUAAACAUAACUGGUUAAUUUCAAACAUAGUUUAAUAAGAAAGUGAACAUAAUACAAAGCUACACUGAAGUCUAACAAAACGAGCACUUGAUAGAGGAUUAUUUGAUUUGCGAAGUUUUUGAUAAUGAAUUUAAAUAAGUAGAUUCAUAUUUUGUAAUGAUCUAAAUUAUUGUGGUAUCACACAAGUAAGUAUCCACUGUUUUUCAUUAAUCUGUAGUCUUUACAAGAUGAUGCUACAUAAAUCAGUGAGUAGUAUUAAGCAGUAACGCCAAAUAGUCCUCAUUAGGUGUACUAAGGAUAUAAUAAUAUGUAUUUAUUUUUCAAUGAUUUAAAUUAUCAUUAAUUUCAUGAUGUUAUGAGUUCAGUAUAUAAGUACCUAUUUUAUUUUCAAUGCUUCGUUUAAUUUUUGCACAUUGAUUCAAUGAACUUCACACAACCACAUACAUUAUGUAUAUAAAACAAAUUAUUAUAAACAUACAACCAAUCUUACUAUCAGUGUAAAUAAUGAUAUUUUUAUUUUACAUUUUUAAGUUUAUUUUUAAAGUAAGAGUUCUUUUAUAAUGUAUUUUUAGCUUUAAGUUUAAUCAACUAAAAGUUGGGAAGAACGUAUGUCCUGACUUUAGGAGUUGGUGACAAAUGUUUUCUUUUUUGUAAUUAGUGUGAAAGUUAAUAAACAUUUUUUUAUCAUAAAUUAUGCUUUUUGGUGUUUUAAUUGGUCGUAUGUCAGUGUUAUUUUGUCUCAAUAUACGCAUAAUUAUAUGCAAUUUGUAUAGUUCGUAAUUUUCAUGGAUAAUCGGAUUCUUAUUUACUUAACAUGUUUGUACGAAAUGGUAAUAUAGACACACCAUAUCUCGUGAUAAUAUACAGCGAAAUGAAUGAUUUGAUCUGAAAUUAUGUUCAUUAAAUUAAAUUCUAACAUAAUAAUUGCUUCAAAUUAAUAUAAUAUAUAGGCAUACUCAAAUAGCUUUUUCGUGGAAAAAAGUGGUGUCAAAGUAAAUAAUCGCCCGGUUAUCUUAUAAGUGGACAAGCUGCUAAAAAUAUCGGAUAUAAAUGUAUUUUAUAUUAAAUGACGUUGUGAUGCUAGGUGUGAUACAUUAAUACGAAUAUGUUCAAGAUCGUUGUUAUAGAACAAAAUAAAAUCGAAAAUGCAAGUGAUGUCAGUAGGGAACUUGCGAAAUAGAUUCUUUAUUAUACAUCUUUGGUCCUUAUUAUGAAGGUGUUUCUUUUAAAUUCUAACUGUCGGCAUCAUAUCAUAUUAUACGAAAAGCUCUUACUAGUGAGAAACAGCCCUCUUGUAGUUGAUAAACAUUGUUCUUCGCAGUUAUAAUGAUUAUGAUAUAAUUUUCGGAGUUAACAACCAGUCGCUUGCAGUUUUAUUAGAAUUAAAUUUUAUUGUUUAUUGAAGAACUAUCUUUUUUUUUACUAACACUACCCCUUUUUACGUGGCGUUAAGAAUGCUCUCAUUUCAUGUUUCAAGACUAAUAUAAAGUGAAAAUAAAAUGGCGAACAUUCGAUACCAGCUACACAAUCAAACAGAUAAAAAUGGGGUAAUGUUGACAGUUAACGCGUUUAGUUUUUAAUUUUGUUUUAUAGUAAGCUUGCAUAGACUCCUUCAAACAAGUACGACUGUAGCGACCGUGUUAUAUUAUUAAUUAUUGAGCAUUUAAAGCAAAUGUCACUUUGGUUAUAGUUUAGUAGAUAUUAUGUAACUAGCACACCCAGUUGACGCCUUUAUUUGAAAUAGAUAGCUUUCUCAUUUGCGCUGUUUCGUUAGGACGCUGUAUACUUGACGUGAAGUUCUUGUGGAAAACUUUCUACUAAAAUAGGUUUGCAGCUCGAAUAUUUAUUCAAAACACUCAUACAAAUUACGUCUUUGAUUUAAAAAAAUAUUGACGCCUUCCUGCGCAAAUGAAUAGCGCAGCUUUUGGGGUAACAUUUCAUCUUAAAAUAUAUACAACGUGCUUUAAACUGUAGUUAAGUUGUCGUAUAUAAGUGGGUUUUGGUAGCAAAAUGUCUAUACGCGCGAUUUGCCAACUAGUGAAGACCACGGGCAUUGUGCGAGCUUCUUUGUAAUUCAUGUUUUGUAUGAAGAAGCUCCAUCUGCGCAAUCUUCAUGCAUUAUUUUUGAUGAUUAUAAAUUUGGGCGGCUACGGUAUUGCGACAUAAUUAUUAAUUAUUGUACCCUUUUCGUUCAGUGGCACUUUUUCAUCUUUGACCUAAAGUUAGUUCGUCUAUCUCUUUUUGUUGUGAAUCUUUUGAAAAUGCAUUCAAACAUAUAAUGCCAUGUAUCAGAUUUUUGAAAAUUAGAGUUGAAGUAAUUUUUUAUUGUAUUUUGUUAUUGUAUAGGUACGGAGUUGGUUGGUUGAUUGGUAGAAUUUCGGAUAACUCGAAUAUUUUUCAUACAACUAUCGGCUAAAAUCCAGAUUUACUUAUAUCAGUUUUGGUCGUCCAACCCGAAGCUAAGUGCACAAAUCAAUUAAAUGGAAUUAUAUGUAUUUAUUUGUUUUCAUUUUGUUUCUUUCGUAGUACUUACAUUUGUUCAGUACUGUAACAAUGUGUUCACUAUCGCUUUUCUACUCAUUACUUAUACUAGUCGAUUAAUAUUUUAUUUAAGCGGACAUAAAAGUCGUGGGAAUGCCAAAGGCCUUUUUGAGACUUUGUAGAAGGAUUGUAACACAUAACUUCCAAAGUUAGAUUCAUUCUCUCCAAAGACUAGCCCAGCAAAUCUGAAUGACGGUAUGGGCUCAGAGCUUAGAAUAAACAAUAGUAUUAUGUUUACUCCGUGUAUUGUUCUUGUUCAAAUAUCAUUAUCAUUUCCAAGCAAUAUUUAAUUAUCCUUUUUAAUUAAUUAAUAAUUACUCCCAACACUUUUUUAGUACUGAUUUGUAUUAAAACUCCAUUUCUUGUCUCCAUUACUAUGUCUACGCAUAAAGAAAUAGGAAAGAGAAAAAUAUGUUACAAAUGUAAACCGUUGGUAUAAAAAGGUGCAUUACUUUUAAUUAAUGUAUGUAUGUUAUAUAUCACUAUCAUUUAGUUAAGACGGUUUUGUAAUGUGUUUCAGAAAAUGGGGCUAUGUUUUGACAACCAAAAAUAUUACAAUAGUUUUGUUGAUACGAAUUUAUGUGUAUCUAUGAGAUCUCUAUAGCAUAUUUGGUUUGAUUUAACAAUACUAUUCCUCAGAUGGGGACAGGAACAGAAACGUACCUAUACCAAAGCAGAUCGUUUCAUAUAUUAUGUAGCAAUAGGUCCACAAACAAUCUUGUAGUAUAUUGAAUUGACCCUCGGACGAGUUAGCUACUACCAUACAUCCGCCCGGCUAGCUUCCAAUCUUUUAUAUCUCUCAUACUUUGUUGUUGAUAUAACUAUAUAUACAACCAAUAUAAGUAUAUAUGAAAUGAAUUGUUUUGUUAUAUAGCGCCGUUUGUAGUCACAAGAAACUAAUACGCUUAACGAGUGGAAAGUAAAUUUAGUAGGACGACAACUAUUUUGUAAUACACGUUAUAUACAAACAAACAAAUAUGAAAUGCGGUUUUUAAGGCAAUAUUUAUUAUCAAAUUUUGAACCAAAUAACGUUGGUAAGAUUAUAGAGACCAAUGUCAGAAAAGACAAAAUAUAUAACAUUACCUAAUAACACCAAUCAUAAACAAUUGAAUGUUAAUCUAAGUAAAUAUGUAUGUAUGUGUAGAGUUGUUUUCAAUAGGGAUAAUUACGGUAUGAAAAAACAACAAAAAUACGUCCAAAAUCAUCGCGGUUUACAAUAAAUAAAGUACUGGCUCAACAGUCGGUACUUUACAGCUUAGUAUAAAAUGUACGGAAGCCUGAUGUCAUGUAAUUCGACUGUAUGAAUCGCCAAUAGUUUAUUGACAACGUGAAAACAGAAUUAAUACGUGUUCUGGACAAAUAUAGUCAUUAGUCAUCAUCCCUAUUAUUAAUGUGGAAUCAGUAUCGUAUUAUGAUGUCAAGUGAAUGUAAUUUGUUCUCUCGAAAUGUACACGUGUCUCUAAAUUAUAAAAUCAAGGCCGGCUUUAUUAUUAAAUUAGUUAUUUAAAUGCUUUAUGUAAUUUGUUUAAUAAAUGUUAUUCGAUAUACACUUAUAUUAUAAAAUUAUUAGGUAUUUGAUUAUUAGUGGUUAGUUUACACAAAUAGGAAUAUACAGGAGGUCGGAUAUACAUGUUGAGUGAUAAAAUAUUUGAUCAAAUAAAAGUCUUUAUUUAAUUUUCUAAAUUAAAAUCCAAAGAAAUACAGCUACUUUGUCCCAUAGAGCCCAGCUGUUAAAACGAUUUAUUGGUGGCAGGAAUAUUUAUACCUUUUAUAAUAAGGCUUAAGUUUUGUUUGUUCUAUGGCCUCUAGAAGUGUAUGAUAUCUAAAAGAACUUAUAUGUUGCCUUGAAACACUGGUUUGCAUCAGUGUGUGAUCAAAUAACUAUUUAUAAUAUUAAAAGAGAAAACUAGAGUCCACAACGUAACACUAAGACAGUUCACUUAUGUCAUAAGAAGCUUUAUUUUAUAGUUUUCAUAUUUGUUCUAUUAGAAAGAUGAAAGAAAGAAAAAAAUCUUGUUACAUAAUGCCUGAAUAUGUGGCAUGUGUGUCUAGAAUUUUACAAUGCACAUUACUAAUUAACUAAAAUAGGACGCGAUUGAUUUAAAUAUAAGAUUUAUUUUGUAAUAAGCUAUACUAAACUUAUAAACAAGGGAUAAUGAUUCUGUAAUUUGUAAGAUAUGUUAAUGGUCCUAGGAUUAGUUAUGUAAUAUUAGAUUCGGAUUGUUUUACUCAGCGAUCUUUAUUUGAAAUAUUUAUUUUAACGACAGAUUCUUAAAUGUUAAUAGCAUUUUGGCACAUAAAAAUUUGUUCUUGUUGACUCAGGAUAACAUUAUUUUGACACAUAAAAAGCGGUACGAAUUUAAUACUUACAUAACUUGAAUAGAACCAAAUGUGUAUGUUGCCAUAAUAUGCAACCAAUCAUAAAGCAAUAACAAGUAACUAAGUACUCAAACAUUGUAAGUGAUGCCAGGUAUUAACUGUACUCCAAAUUAUAUAUUAUUGUUGAUCGUUUCACAGGUAUAGUAGUUUAGUUUUAGCAUGUAAGCCAUAUUGCUUUAAAAAAAGAAAAAAAUAAUUAUUAAUUGCUUAGUGUAAUCGAUUAAGAUAGUUAAUAAUUCACAGGAUCAACAUACAAUUAGUUUUUAUAAUACAUAGAAGCAGCGGUACAGUUAAGUGUAACCAGGUAUCGGUAUCCUCUAUAUCAACAAUUGAAUUUACUUCGUAAGUCCGUGUGCCUGGCGUCUGAAUUCAUUUUCGUAUUCAGAUUCAAUGCGUCGUCAGAUACAAUUUGGAGCACAAAUUAAAAACAGUAAAAUUUUAUAAGAAUAUGUUUAUUACCUACUUAUAAGCAUUAGAUUAAAGCGCGGUAGAAUCUAUCAACGCUGGUAGUACGCUACCACGCAGAUCGCAAAAUUCGCCCAACAUAUAAGUAAAUUAAUUAGAGUAGAUAAUUAUAAUAUCGCUAAUAACUUAGCUGUACGUGAGCAAUGUAACCAGUCUAAACAGUUUCCUUGUAUUAAGUCCGAUGUCACCCCCGCACUUUCAAUCGUUUCAAUAUUUAAAUAUAUUUUCACUUAAAUAAUAUUUACUAUAUUUUGUAUAAUAUUAAAUUUCAAUUAUAUGUUUGUUUUUUAUUAUUAUUAUAGUCGAAGUAUGAACAAAGUGAUUUAAUGCAAUAACGACUUUGUUUGUCCUUCAUUAUUUUAAGAUAUUUAGUUGCUUCUCUAUAUACUUCAGUAUAGCUACACAUGUAAAUGUGAGCUUGGCAAUGUUUAAAUAACAAUUUUGUACAAGCUUGAUGUUUUGUCGAUGUCUAAUAAUGAAAGGCUUACCAUCUCGAUGUAGUGGGCACCUGAAUACUAUCUUGGAUGCUUGCCAGGUUUACAUUUACGUGGGUAGCUAGAUUACCCAUUGCUUGUGUUUGUUUGGAAAACAUUAGUUGUUAAUUAUUUUAUAAACAGACAAUGCUUCGUACUCACAUAAUAUGACUCCAAUGACACAUUUUUAUCAUGAUGUCUUUAAGUAGGGUUUCCAUUUUUUCAUAGAUGAUAAAUAGAUUCAAAUUUCUUCGUGCAGGGUAAACACGAGUUAUGGUACGUCGGAAUGUAUGUAAUAUUUGUGAAGUAGCGCUCAAUUUGCGUUAUAUUUACUAUUGUGUAAUUAAAUGUUCUCUACCCUAAA